AAGUUUACAAAUACGAGGAAGCGCCCUCUUCACCUCGUGACGUCAUUUCCUAUGAGUACGAUGAAAUGAAAAUAGGCAUAUGCAUCAAAAAAUUACUCAUUGCUUUCAAUACCCUGUUGAUUCUUGGUAAUACAGAGUCUGAGUCCAAAAAGAUUUCAGUUCGAGUAACACACGAAGAAAAUUUUGUUGUUCAAGGGGGUGGGGAUCAGGAUGUUGUUGAGAUGGUGGACCCAGAACUAAAAAGAGCCAUGGAAAAGGAUUUAAUGUACGAGGAAUUGCACUACAGAGCCAGUCAUGAUGAAAACAGCAACUCAGACACAGAGAAAGGUGUGUCACAACAUCAAACUGAAGGUACUCCAACAAGAAAGAAAGAAAGAGAGGAACUGUUAAAAAUAAUGGAUUCUAAACUACAGAACAGACAAAAUAUGCAUGAUACAAUGCAUAAGGUACCAAAAACUAGUGAUGGAUAUCCUGAAUAUAAAACUUUAACAGACAUUCACAGACGAAGAGGGAGAACUGAUCAAAAGAGAAAAACUGAAAUACCAGAGGAUUACAGGGACAAAAAUUUAAUGGAAGAAAUAAAAUCUGUGUUAAAGGAAAACAGAAUGCAGAGGUUUAGUUUAAAAUCAAACAUAAUAAAGAAUGAUGAUAGUAGGUCUAACUCUCACAUCAUAAAUAAAAACAAAGAGGACAUGUUACAAAAUCAGACACCAUUCUACAGUUCAAAUUCAAAUCAAAUGAAAACAAAUGAUUCUGACUUACUACAAAAGAUGCAAGAAAUAGAUAGGAAUGACAAAAUAAUAGAGGACCAAAUUUUGCCCUCAGUGGAUAUUUCUGAUGAAGAUCAAAGGGAAGGACCACAAAUAAGUAGGCCACCAUCAUCAGAGGGACCAGAUAUAAGUAGGCCAUCAAGAGUCCGACGACAGAUCGACAUCAAUGCCCUCGCAGACGCUCACUUGGAAAGCAAAAAUCUCUCUUCCUCAGGAGAAUCUAAGAAUCACUCAGACAGCAUUCAGGUGAUAACAGAUGAGGACAUGGAGGAGCUGAAUAAGAAAGCCAGAGAGAGUAGGUUUGACCUACUUAAGUACCUGGGAAUGACCCUCCUAUCUGUGGCCGGAUUCUCCUUCUCAUGUUACUGCUUUAUGAAGGACCCUAAACGCUGUAUCGCAUUAUUUGGUACAGGAUGCCCCUGCUGUAUUGUCUGUUUGCCUUGUAUUAAAUGGUAUGAAAAGAGGAUUCGGGCAAAAAUAGAUGUAAAGGCAAUGAUGACAGAGAACGUGAAUCGCUACCUUCCUGGGUGUAUUAUCCAUGAUGAUGGAACCAUAGAGGCUUACGAGGCCACACAGAAAGAAAUUGACAUUGCUGUGGAAAUUAUUGAAAUAAUCAAUGAAUAAUCCUUUAUGAUAUAUUGCAAUCAAAAAUGUACAUAAUUAUGACUUUCAUAAUUAUGAGAAAAUAAAUUUGCAAAAAUUGUGAUAUCUUUAAGUAUAUUUUAUGUGUCUCAAAAUGAAUUAAUAUUCUUCCAUUUUGUACAAUAAAUAUAAUUGACCUGUACAGUAAUUUGUGUGCACAUAUUUUACAAAGCUCUGAAUCAAGGGGAAUAAUUCAUGAAUUCCCC